UGGGGCAUUUCUGAUCAUUUCGAGGUGAUUGAGAUACUAAUAGAGUUGUACCUGAUAUAAGAAUACCUUAAACUUGUUAAAAAGCAUUUCAUUAUUUUUUUUCACCAGCUUAAUCAAUAUUAACGAGUUUUGUUCCACAUGUUUUCAGAAGUGAAAUCUAUUUUACGGUCAAGGCAAUACAUAUUUGUAUCUGAAGUUACAUGGAAUAUGUUUUCUUUUUCGAUGGCUUCCUGUGCUUAUUCUUAGUUCUUGACUUCAGGCGCUACAACUUUGGGUUUAACGCUAAGUUGUAGAACUAUAAUCAACGUUGAUCACUGGGAAUUACAGUUGUAAGCCGACUGAAGUCUAACUUAUUUUCGACGUAUCAGUAAGAACAUUUAAAAUCCUCAGAUUUCAAUGUUGGCACUGUGUUUAUGAGAGGAAAAGAUUUUUCUUUUGUCUAGGUUCUUCAAGUGAUGUAUAACAUGUAGAAAGUUACUCAGCCCCGUUACUUACCAUAAUUUUGAAUAGCAUUCUAGAAGUGAUGUCGUACAGGAUAUUCGUUAACCUGUGUUAAUCAGUGACUUGCUUACACUGUUCCAACACAAACUAAAUAAAAUGUAAAUGUAGAACAUUACCGGAUGUUGUGCUUAUGUUCUCCACUGAAAAAUGUGUUUAUGAACAAGCACCUUGGUAGUUGAUAGGAUUUCGAUAGAUAGAAUCUUUUUGUAAGAGUACAACUUAUUUUUGGGAUCAGUAUCACUGCAUAAAUCCAGCUGCAUAAAGUGAUAAGUUCAGUUAUGUUCUGCCAGCCUAAACUGUAGUGUGCUUAAUGGCUGUGCCCGACGACUAUUCCCGUAGCAUUCAUAAAAUCUGGUAAAAAUCAUUAAAUUGUUGUUAUAUGUUCAUGACAGGUCACUUUUCAAGUGAAUUUGGUUAGUCGGAUUUACCAUCUAAACAGUUUAAGUCACUGUGUUUGUAACCCUGACACAAAUAUGAUUCGAAAUUCAGAAAACAGAUUAGUUGGUUUAAAUUAACUUCAUUUCUACUGGCAUAAACAUACUCCUGUGUCUCUCAUAUAUAGGCUUUUGAAAUAUUUUGGGAAAUACAGAUCAUGGGAUACUAAAUACAACAUAUCAAAUCGGUACAUCCGAGUUAAAAGGAAUUGUCACGAUCUAAAGCUCGAAUAAGUUGGUAGUUCGCUUGGGCAGUUUAGCUGAGAAGGUUGGUUCAGUACUCAACAAUUUUUGUUCAUUCGUUUUGUGUGCUAAGAAUUGUAACUGAUUAAGUGCGUUUGCAUCUUACUGUUUAUUGCCUUCUCAAGUCAUCCUCUCCCGUCUAUUAAUCAAAGGAUAACCUUUUAUGUGCAUAUUCACUUUUCUGCCCGUAAUCUUCAUAUUCUGUACGUUUAUCCUGUGUAUAUAGUUCAACAUUGCAGUAUGCUGUCCUUACGAGCUUUGAAGACUUUGCGACUUCAGUACAUCACUCGGAAGUGUUUAUAUACUUCAGCAUUACGCUAUCAAAACCCUACCUCCAGUGAACCGUUCUUAAAUGGAACUUCAUCCAAUUAUUUAGAAGACAUAUAUGAAGCAUGGCUUCGGAACCCUGAUAGUGUACACAAGUCAUGGGACAUUUAUUUUAAAUGUUUAGCUUCUGGAGCUACCCCAGGAAAUGCCUACGUUCAACCACCUACUUUGGGUAAAGAAGGUUUGAACUUGGCACAGUUAGCCCCGCAAAUCACUGCACAGGCAGUGACACCGAGUCUUAAAGCUAUUGAAGACCACCUCUGUGUUCAGGCCAUAAUCCGUUCGUAUCAAUCUCUAGGUCAUCGCAUCGCCAAUCUUGACCCAUUGGGGAUAUUGUCUGCCGAUCUGGAUGAUUCUAUACCCCCCGAGUUGUCGUUGAGUUUCUACAACCUUGGCGAGCCCGACCUGGAUAAGACGUUUAGGCUUCCACCUACCACACAUAUCGGAGGUGAUAAGCAGGAACUUACUCUACGAGAAAUCAUUAGGCGUUUAGAGAAUGUUUACUGCAAACAUAUUGGUAUUGAGUAUAUGUUUAUUAAUAGUUUAAACAAAUGUGAUUGGAUAAGACGUAAAUUUGAAACACCUGGUUCAAUGGAUUUAUCAUCUGAAGAGAAACGUUUAAUAUUAGCUCGUCUUGUUCGUUCAACGCGUUUCGAAUCAUUUUUAGCAAAGAAAUGGAGUUCAGAAAAACGUUUUGGACUUGAGGGAUGUGAAGUUUUAAUACCAGCAAUGAAAGCUGUCAUCGACUCUUCGUCUGCGCUUGGUGUUGAAAGUUUUGUAAUUGGAAUACCACAUCGUGGAAGGUUAAACGUUCUAGCCAACGUUUGUCGUAAACCUUUGGAUGAUAUAUUUUGUCAGUUCGACUCUAAAUUGGAAGCUUGUGACGAAGGUAGUGGUGAUGUGAAAUAUCACCUAGGCAUGAGUCAUCAACGAUUAAAUCAUAUGACAGGCAAGAUGAUUAAUCUUUCAGUAUGUGCUAAUCCAAGUCACUUAGAAGCUGUUUGUCCGGUCGCUCAAGGUAAAACCAAGGCUGAACAAUUUUAUCGGGGUGAUACUGAUGGAAAGAAAGUUAUGUCAAUUUUAAUUCAUGGAGAUGCAGCAUUCAGUGGUCAAGGUGUUGUUUAUGAAACUUUUCAUCUUAGUGAUCUACCUUCUUAUACAACUAAAGGUACCAUUCAUAUUGUCGUUAAUAAUCAGAUUGGUUUUACCACUGACCCUCGUAUGGCUCGUUCAUCACCAUAUUGUACUGAUGUUGCUCGAGUAACGAAUUCACUUAUUCUUCAUGCAAACGCUGAUGAUCCUGAAUCAGUCAUGCAUGUUGCAAAAGUUGCUGCUGAAUGGCGAUCUGAAUUCGGAAAAGAUGUUGUAAUUGACCUUGUCUGUUAUCGCCGUUCAGGUCAUAAUGAAAUGGAUGAGCCAAUGUUUACUCAACCACUUAUGUAUAAACGUAUUCGUGAACAACCAACUGUAUUAGAACAAUAUAGUAAGAAGUUAAUUGAUAGUGGAAUUGUCACUGAACAAGAAUUUAAGGACGAAGUGGCUAAAUAUGAUCAGAUAUGCGAAGAUGCUUAUGAAUUAGCUAAAAAACGGACAGUUACACAGAAUCGUGCUUGGAUUGAUUCUCCAUGGCAUAAUUUCUUCGAAAAUAAAAAUCCCAUGUAUUUACCUAAUACUGGAGUCGAAAACGAUGUCUUAGAACAUAUUGGUCAUGCAAUUAGUGAACCUCCGGAAAGUAUGAUUAUUCAUCCAGGUUUGAAACGUGCACUCAAGGAGCGCAAAGAUUUAUUAGAACAGAAAACAGCUAAUUGGGCUCUUGGUGAAUUGUUCGCUUAUGGAUCAUUGCUAAGAGAGGGUGUUCACGUUAGACUAUCAGGUCAAGAUGUUGAACGUGGAACGUUUUCACAUCGACAUUGUGUUUUACACGAUCAGGAAGUCGAUAAGAAAACAUAUGUUCCGCUUAACCAUCUCUAUCCUUCACAAGCACCAUUCACUGUAUGCAACUCGAGUUUAUCUGAAUAUGCAGUAAUGGGUUUUGAGUUGGGUUACUCAUUGACAAACCCUGAAGCUCUCGUUAUAUGGGAAGCUCAGUUUGGUGAUUUUAACAACACUGCUCAAUGUAUAAUUGAUCAGUUUAUUUCUUCUGGUCAACAAAAAUGGGUACGUCAAUCAGGAAUAGUUCUUUUGCUUCCACAUGGUUAUGAAGGUAUGGGUCCAGAACAUUCUAGUGCACGUAUCGAACGAUUCUUGCAGAUGAGUAAUGAUGAGGAAAAUCAUGUCCCUGUUUAUAGUGAUAAUUUUGUCAUGCAACAGUUACAUGAUACAAAUUGGAUUAUUGCAAAUUGUACUACACCAGCGAAUUUCUUCCAUAUUUUACGACGACAAAUUCUGCUACCGUUCCGUAAACCACUGAUUGUCUUCACUCCCAAGUCAUUAUUACGCCAUCCGGAUGCAAGAUCGCCGUUCUGUGAUAUGCUUCCAGGCUCAGAGUUCCAACGCUAUAUUCCUGACAUUGGUCCAGCUUCACAGAAACCUGAAAAUGUGAAAAAAUUAAUUAUCUGCAGCGGCAAAAUUUAUUAUGAAUUAGAUAAAGAACGCAGAUCGAUUAAUCGAGAGGCAGAUAUAGCUAUUAGCCGAGUAGAACAAUUAACUCCUUUUCCAUAUGAUUUGAUUCAACAAGAUUUAGAACGUUAUCCAAAUGCUGUUAUUCAGUGGGUACAAGAGGAGCAUAAAAAUAUGGGACCAUGGAGUUAUGUACAACCAAGAGUUAAUCAUUUAAUAUAUAGAACAAUGCCUAAUCGUCUUCACAAUAAAAUUUUAUAUGCCGGUCGACAACCUAGUGCUGCUACAGCUGCUGGGAAUAAAGCAAUGCACUUGAUGGAGAUCUCUCAUUAUUUGAAAAAUGCCCUGUCAUUAUCUUAG